GGAGCCCCGCCGUGCUCGUGCGCAGAGGAGUUGGCGGCGGCGGCUGGGGAUGGUGCGCGGCCCCCGUCCGCAGCACAGCGGCAGUGCGCUCCGGGAGCAGCAGCGAGAGUGAAGAGGCUGUGAGGGACCCCCCGCCACAAGGAUACCUGCAGUCAUUGUGGAGGGUUGUUGUGUUGAGUAUCGGAUGCUUGUGGUGAGCUAUGGCGGCUGAUGAUAAAGUUGCCAUCUUAACUGAUGAUGAAGAAGAACAGAAGAGAAAGUAUGUGCUUGCUGAUCCUUUCAAUGGAAUUACCAAGGAGCAAGAUCUCCAGCCCCAAAAUGAAACCCCUUCAACUGAGACCACCACUGUCCCAGAUGAGGAGCUAGACUGGUUAGAAAGGCACUGUGUCAAAAUAAACAAUGAUCUUCUGAUCUCAAAGGUCUUUUAUUUUUUCUUUUAUUCUGCAUAUGGCUCCCUUUACCCAUUGCUUCCUGUGUAUUAUAAGCAGCUGGGCAUGUCGCCUAGUCAGAGUGGACUUCUGGUGGGCAUUAGGUACUUUAUUGAGUUCUGCAGUGCUCCUUUCUGGGGAGUGGUGGCAGAUCGCUUUAAAAAAGGGAAAGUUGUCCUUCUCUUUUCACUUUUAUGUUGGAUUUUAUUUAACCUGGGGAUUGGAUUUGUUAGACCAGCUACCUUAAGAUGUGUACCAAAGGUCCCUCCACCACCACAUCCUUCCAAUGCCAGCCACCUUUUAACAUCGCUGCCGCAAAAUGCCACCAUUUCUUCUCUACUAACUACAGCUAGUGCUACGUUACAGAAGGGUCGUGGGAAACGGGACCUGUUAGCUAACAGUCCCCCAACUUUGGAAUUGUUUCCAUUUUCUGCUCAGACCAGAAAUGGAGACCUUGCCUUGGAUAACAACAAUACAAAUUUUAUUUCAAAGAAUACCACCACAAACCCAGGACUGCCAGGAAAUAUGACCCACCCUACAUCACCACCUGUUGUCACCACGAAGCCAGUAUCUUCUGACCACGUCAUGCUGGUUUAUGAUCAUCAAGAAGUAGAAGCGAUCUUUCUACUUAUUCUUUUGGUUGUCAUUAUAGGAGAGUUUUUCAGUGCCUCAUCUGUUACCAUUGUGGACACUGUGACUCUCCAAUACCUUGGCAAACACAGGGAUCGCUAUGGCUUGCAGCGGAUGUGGGGCUCUCUGGGCUGGGGACUGGCCAUGCUGUCAGUGGGAAUUGGUAUAGACUAUACCCGUAUAGAAGUGAUCAUCGAAGGUCUGGGGUGUAAAGCUCCUGAGUACAAGAACUACAGAAUUGUUUUCAUAGUCUUUGGUGUACUGAUGUCAAUGGCGCUUAUUGUGGCCACCCAGUUCAGAUUCCAUUAUAACCACUACAAAGAAGAUGAAAACAAGAGGAAGGAAGUAGAGAUCCCACAAGUGGAUGGAAAUGCCUCCACUGAAUCCUCUGAUGACACCCCCAGCAGCAUAAGCCAGUCUCAGUCAUUCAGUUUUGGGGACCUGAUAAAGCUCCUUUGCAGUAUACAGUAUGGAUCUGUGCUGUUUGUGGCUUGGUUUAUGGGGUUUGGGUAUGGGUUUGUGUUCACCUUUCUCUACUGGCACUUGGAAGACUUGAAUGGCACUACCACCCUCUUUGGAGUCUGUUCUGUCUUGAGCCACGUGUCUGAGCUGACUGCCUACUUCUUUAGCCACAAGUUGAUUGAACUGAUUGGUCACAUCAGAGUGCUCUAUAUUGGCCUUGCCUGUAAUACAGCUCGCUACAUUUAUAUCUCCUAUUUGGAAAAUGCCUGGACUGUUCUCCCUAUGGAAGUACUUCAAGGUGUAACCCAUGCAGCCAUAUGGGCAGCUUGUAUUUCGUAUCUUAGUGCUGCAGUGCCUCCAGAAUUAAGAACUUCAGCUCAGGGGAUUCUACAGGGUCUCCACUUGGGUCUGGGCAGAGGAUGUGGGGCUAUGAUCGGAGGGGUUCUGGUCAACUAUCUUGGGGCUGCUGCAACAUUCAGGGGGAUAGGAAUGGCCUGUUUAGUGAUCCUGCUACUCUUUGCAUUAAUCCAGUGGCUAGCUGUUCCUGAUGAAAAAGAAGAGAAGACAAUGCUGGCAGAAAGGAUCCCAGUGCCUUCCAGCCCUGUUCCCAUAGCAACCAUUGACCUCAUACAUCAACAGUCAGAAGAUAUCAUGCCUCGAACUGAGCCCAGACUUCCUCCCAAGAAAACGAAGCACCAAGAAGAACAGGAAGAUGUGAACAAGCCUGCGUGGGGGAUCAGUUCUUCUCCUUGGGUUACUCUGGCUUAUGCUGUCUAUCAAAUAAAGGAGAUGGUACAGCUGUCUAAAAGCAAUCUGAUGCCUGAAAACCAGCCUUUGCAGUGUUCACAUUACAGAAUCCCCCAGCACCCUUAUUAGGAAUCUUGGCAGAGAGGCCAAGGACUGGAUGGACUCAGACUGGACUAUCAUCCGAUCUUUUGGGGUGCUCCCUCCAGAACGGAGUUGGAGCACAGUGGUGGUUGGUGAGGCAAUGUAGGGAAACUUGUUCUGCUGUUGUCAAUGCUAGUUUUUAAAACAUUGUGGGUAAUAAACUUCCUGUUUCUCCUGUCUGCCUGGGGGAGGAGUGGUGCAGCUUCCCCCAUACAUAUUUGCCAUCCCAUAUGCACCCAAAUGUCAUUUCCACCUGUCCUGCCUCUGGAAGGUGAUGAUUUUGGACAUGACUUUGCAGAUGUGCCAAAGCAACAUUUGAAGAAAUCCCAACUUCACCAGCUGUCUCCCUCCUCCCCCAUUGGCCUAUAUUCUUGUAAACAGCCCUAUGCAUAUAUUCCCUUCUCAAUAUGCAUGCUGAGCUUCCAUUAGCCUUAAUGAGACUAACUUGCAUGCCUCAGGGAGACUGAACAUCCAUAUUGAAAUGACUCUAGAAUGUCUGUUUAUACUGUACAAGAAGAAUUUCAGAUGCACAUAUCUUGGAAAAAUCAAAUGUCUCCUUUUGAAUUACAAUGAAAUCCUCAUUGACACAAUGCUGUUUGUGUUACACUCUCUACACAUGCCACUCGCCCAAGCAGUUUUCCAUCAGUCUUCUCUUAAGCAGUUAUUAAUAUAAGCCCGGCCCUGUCAGUCGCAUCAAUUGCAAAUUGGAGAAUGGCACAGAAUCUGCCAUACCUCCCAGGGCAAGAAAACUGGUUUGCUGUUUGUGGUAAGCUCUAGGAGAGAGAAUUGAUAAAUGUUCAUAGUUUUGGAGAUACUCUCAGUAAAUGACUUGAGCAAUUAUGAAAGGCUUUCAAGUCUUUUAUUGCCUCCUAUAACUCCCUGCCAUCUUCAGGAACAUGUUGUCUUAAUAACCUCUUUCACCUUCUCAUAACUUCAUGCAGCUAUUCAUGGAGCCUUUUUAUUAAUACUAUUAAAUUUUGGGCAUCGCAUUAUCUACUCCACAUGUGACUGAUAGAAUUGAGGACCAUUCCUUAGAUAGGAUUGUUAGUAUUUAUGGGAACAACGAAUCUUUGUUGGGAGAAAAUUGUUUCCAUGGGAUAGUUUUAUUAAGACCCCAGUCCUGCAGAAGAUAUACCUGGAUCUGCACUGGUGUAUCUUUGCACCCAUGCAGUUCCCCACUGUCUCUCAUUAAGGCCUGUGUUUGUAGGGUCAAACAUCAAAAAACCUAUUCCUUGCUCAACCAAAUCCAAAUUUUAAAAUUAGGCUAAAUAUGACUCUUAAUAUUUCCUCCCUCCCCUGGCUGGUUGCACUUGUAUCAGGGCAGUCUGCUGUUCUGCAGCUGACCAGUUGCAAUGAUCUCUGUCUUCCAGAUUGUGAAUAAAAGAUGGCCAAAGAGCAUUCAGCCCUAUCACGACAAGAAGACACUUAAGCGCCUGCAAAGUGUAGCUUCUUUU